AUGGCUGUUGCUCUAGAGGAUCCAAGAGGAAGCCUAGUUUUAGGGGCCCCUGAAAGGAAUGUAGAUGAAGAGGAGGAAGAUGACACAUCUACAGUUUUAUUGAGUGUUUUAGUACAGCGGGGACAGUUAGGGCUCUGUUUCUAUGACAGUGAAGAUUCCUCUUUACACUAUAUGGUAGAUACUCCUGAUAAUCAAAAGCUUCACCUGUUGUCAAGAGUCAUUCAGGAGGUCAGGCCCCAUGUAAUCAUAACCAGUGCAAAACAAGAAGGCUGCUUGACCCAGUUUUUGCAGAAACUUGGUUCCAACCCUCACUACAAACCCGAGGUGGUGACGUAUCCAUAUGUUGACUUUGGUCUGGAGGUCGGUAAGCAGAGGCUUCUCUCCGCCUAUCUGCCGUUCCUUCCGGCUUGCACUUCAGAGAGGGACAAACUGUCUUACCUCUCCUCCUGUAUCACCUUUGACUCACCCUUGAUGCUCCGGGCAGUGGGAGCUCUGCUGAAAUGUCUGGACAGGAGGAGAGUGGGAGUAGAACUGGAAGACAGCACUAUUGGAGUUCCAAUCCUUCAUUUUCAUGCCUACACACUUAAAGGAGUGGUUUACAUUGACAGAGAUACUUACAGUGUGCUUCAGAUCUUUAAAUCAGAUCUACAUCCAUCAGUGUACAAACUGCAGUCCGGUGAAAAGGAAGGACUGAGCCUCUAUGGAAUAUUAAACCGAUGUAGAAGCAGGUUUGGAUCUAAACUGCUACGUCAGUGGUUUAUGCGACCUACUCAAGACCUUGCGGUGCUACACAGAAGACAGGAAGUGAUUUGUUUUUUCACUUCACCUCGAAACUCGGAUGUCCUGAACACGCUGCAGGCCUCAUUGAGGAACAUCCGAAACAUACCCGGUCUCCUCCGCCGCAUGACUCACUCUAACACCAAAGUUACUGACUGGCAGCAUCUCUACAAGACUGUAUACAGUGCUGCGUGUAUCAGGGAUUCUGUGCGGCAUCUCCCUCAAUCCAUUCAGCUCUUUCGGGAGAUCAGUGAAAAGCUCUCUGAUGAUCUUAACUACAUUGCCGCUCUUUUAAAACGAGUUGUGGAUUUUGAUGCUAGCUUGGAAGAGAACCGCUUCACUGUCAAACCAAACGUCGAUUCUGCCAUUGAUGAGAAGAAAAGGAGGAUGAUGGGGCUGUCGGACUUCUUGACGGAUGUUGCCAGAAGAGAACUAGAACAACUGGACUCUCGAAUAUCCUCCUGUUGUGUCAUUUACAUUCCCCUGAUUGGAUUUCUGCUCUCUGUCCCCCGGCUGCCCAGCAUGGUGGAAAAAGAGGACUUUGAAAUGGAAGGGCUUGAGUUUAUGUUUCUCUCAGAGGACCGGCUCCACUACCGCAGUCAAAGAACCAGAGAGCUGGACAACCUGCUUGGAGACUUACACUGUGACAUUAGAGACAUGGAGACUGUAGUGAUGACACAGUUACAAAAUGCAGUCCUGGAGAGGAGCGGCUCUCUGCAUCAGGUUCUGGAUCUGAUGGCUGAGCUGGACUGUCUGAUGGCCAUGAGCAGUGCCUCCCAGGAGUACUGCUACACCUCACCCAAGCUUACCAGGCAUAGAAAGAUAGCGAUAACACAGGGCAGACACCCACUACUGGAGUUGUGUUCUCCUGUGUUUGUUGCCAACUCCUUCCAGAGCUUCGAAUCAGAGAGCAGAAUCAAGAUCAUCACAGGCCCAAACUCAUCUGGCAAGAGCAUCUUCCUCAAACAGGUGGGUCUGAUUGUGUUCAUGGCUCUGAUUGGCUCCAACGUGCCGGCUAAAGAGGCAGAGAUUGGUCUGGUGGAUGGGAUCUUCACUCGCAUGCAGAGCAGAGAGUCCAUUUCUGUGGGGCUCAGCAGCUUCAUGGUUGAUCUCAACCAGAUGGCCCUGGCUCUGAAUAGCAGCUCUGGGAACUCAUUAGUACUCAUUGAUGAGUUUGGAAAGGGCACCAACACAGCUGAUGGGCUGUCUUUACUCGCUGCAUCAGUCUCAUUUUGGCUGCAAAAGUCUGCGGUGGAUGUUCCACACAUCCUGUUGGCUACAAACUUUCACAGUUUGAUGCAAUUAGGCCUCCUUCCAACUACUGGAAUGCUUUCCUUCCUGACUUUGGAAACAGCAGUGGACAGAGAUGAGUUGGUGUUUUUGUACCAGCUGAAGGAAGGGAUCUGUCAGUCCAGUUACGCUGCCAACAUCGCAGCACUGGCAGGCCUGCCAACAUGCCUUGUACACCGAGCUAUGGAGGUGUCUGAACAUUACAGGACAGGAAAACCCAUCAAACACAUUGACCAAGAAUCGUCAGGGGACCGGGACAAGAGAUGCCAGUCUGUGGUGGAGAAGUUCUUGAGUCUUGAACUGGAGGACAAAGAUGUGGAUCUGCAGAGUUUCAUGAAAGAUGAACUACUGCCCUCUGCUGGAGAGCUGCUGAAGCGCAGCUAAACUCUUCAACUGUUGCAAACAUUUUUU